UAAGAACACCGUUAACAUUCUCUUGGAGUCCUGCCAGCGCCUCGGUCCUAAGGCGAACAUGACCAAAACCCUAACUUUUUUCAUCACUAUAUAAUUACCUUAACCUAAUUUCGUCGAAACUUUUCGCAACGCCCCUCACAAUUGUAAGAUUUUUGCUGCACAGCAACAGAAGAAAUGGGAAAAGGAACUGGAAGCUUUGGGAAGAGAAGGAACAAGACACACACUCUUUGCGUUCGAUGUGGACGCCGAAGCUUCCAUCUCCAGAAGAGCCGUUGCGGUGCUUGUGGCUACCCUGCCAGCCGCAUCCGGAAAUAUAACUGGAGUGUGAAGGCUAUUAGAAGAAAGACUACCGGGACUGGCCGCAUGAGGUACCUCCGUCAUGUUCCCCGAAGGUUCAAGACUGGCUUUAGAGAGGGUACUCAAGCAACUCCAAGGAACAAGGCAGCUGUUGCUGCUUCAUAAGUUAAUUGUUUGUGGUGUUUUGUUUUGAGAUUCCUGAAUUGACAAACAAGAAGUUUUGUGUUUUUAUCAACUGUGUUACUUUUAUUUUUCAGGUAAUAUCUACAAACAAGAAGUUUUGUAUUAUUAUGAAUCUUUACAUCUUUAUUUUGAGUAUUGAGCUCAUUUUACUA